CAAAAAGCGAUACGCUAGUAUUUACUACGCCACUGGGUAAAUUAAAGAUAAUGAGAAAGAUCCAACUAUUUUAAUAUAUUUAUUGUUCCGGUAGCCACUCAUUUCUCUCUCAAUCGCUGACAGACCGAUGUCCUCGUGCUUUUUUGAAUAAACUGAAGAUGUAUUCGUCGAAUAGUUUAAUUUUUGCAAUAACAGUUUUGUGUCUUGGCAGUUGCUGUUUGGCAGAUUCAAAAUUUGAAUGGACAGAUUGCGGGUCAGAGAGCGGAUCGCUGAUUGAUGUCGUUGUUAAAGAUUGCUUUACUAAAAAAUGUCCUCUAAAGAGGAAUGAAAAUGCUAGCCUGACAAUCACUUUUAAAUCAAAGGUCGCCUCUAGUAAUGUAACCGCUGUUGUAAAUGGGGAAGUUUUGGGCUUCAAACAAAAAUUCAAUCUGCCAAAUCCUUAUGCUUGUGAGGAAGUAGGACUUACCUGUCCUUUGGAACCCGACUGUACUUAUACAUAUACAAAUACUAUUUUUGUAAAGCCUAAAUACCCAAGGGUUUCUGUAGAUAUAUACUGGGAAUUGAAAGACGAUGAUGGAGAGAACAUUUUCUGCGCCAUUAUUCCAGCACAAAUAGUUUCUGAAACUAAAAAAAAGUAGAUAUUUAUU